ACCAUAACUCAAGUGGCACGUACUCUCCACUUUCAGACAACAUUCACCAACUUCUCAUUUCACCACCUCCACCUAAUUCACCUCUUAUAAUCAAGCUCAAAAUUCAUUUGUUCGCCGGCCACUGUCUCUCAAUUGGUAGAACCAUGAUUGGAAAUGGUGUUGUGGGAAUUCUAUCAGAGACAACAAACAAAUGGGAACGAAGAGCUCCGUUAACUCCAUCACACUGUGCUCGUCUUUUGCAUUCCGUGGGAACUGGGAAUUCCGGUGUCACGCGUAUAAUCCUUCAACCUUCAACCAAACGUAUUCAUCAUAACGCUUUGUAUGAAGAUGUUGGCUGCGAGGUCUCAGAGGAUCUCUCUGAAUGUGGUCUAAUUUUGGGAAUCAAACAACCAAAGUUGGAGAUGAUUCUACCGAACAAGGCGUAUGCGUUCUUCUCGCAUACUCAUAAGGCGCAGAAGGAGAACAUGCCUUUGUUAGAUAAAAUUUUGGCCGAAAACGCGUCGUUGUUUGAUUAUGAGCUUAUUGUUGGGGAUCAUGGCAAGAGGUUGCUUGCAUUUGGGAAAUUUGCGGGUAGAGCUGGACUAAUCGAUUUUUUACACGGUUUAGGAAAGUGAUAUCUUAGUUUGGGAUAUUCGACACCUUUCCUCUCACUUGGAGCAUCUUAUAUGUAUCCUUCUCUGGCUGCUGCUAAGGCUGCGGUGAUUUCAUUGGGUGAAGAGAUAGCCACGCAAGGGUUGCCGUCCGGGAUAUGCCCACUAGUUUUCGUGUUCACUGGAGAUGGCAAUGUGUCUCAGGGUGCACAAGAGAUCUUUAAGUUACUUCCUCAUACAUUUGUGGAUCCUAGCAGACUUUCCGAGCUCUCUCCAGCGGUAGGAAAUUAGUUUAAUCUUGUGAUGAGGAAAGUGUUGGAAAACGAUUAAUAAAAAAAUAAUUUUUUAAAGUUUUAAUAAAAAAUUAUAAUUUAUUGUUUUAUUUUGUGAAUGAAACUUUUUAGUCCCACAUCGUGGAGUUUCCAAU